GCUGCCCAAGCGGUCGCCCCCGCCCCUCGGCGUCCCGCUCCCGCCCCCGGCUUCGCCUCCCGCUGCCGCCGCCGCCGCCGCCGCCGCAGCCGCUAUCGCCGCUGCCGCCGCUUCCCGCGGCCUGGGCCUCCCGCCGCCAGCAUGCCACACGCCUUCAAGCCCGGGGACUUGGUGUUCGCCAAAAUGAAGGGCUACCCGCACUGGCCAGCCCGGAUCGAUGAUAUUGCCGACGGUGCUGUGAAGCCCCCGCCCAACAAAUACCCCAUCUUCUUCUUUGGUACACACGAAACAGCCUUCCUGGGACCCAAGGACCUGUUCCCCUACGACAAAUGUAAAGAUAAGUACGGGAAACCCAACAAGAGGAAAGGCUUCAAUGAGGGCCUGUGGGAGAUCCAGCACAACCCCCACGCCAGCUACAGCGCCCCUCCGCCGGUGAGUUCCUCCGACAGCGAGGCCCCCGAGGCCGACCCUGCAGUUGGGAGCGACGCUGACGAGGGCGACGAGGACCGAGGGGUCAUGGCCGUCACAGCCGCCAGUGACAGGAUGGAGAGCGACUCGGACUCGGACAAGAGCAGUGACAACAGUGGCCUGAAAAGGAAGACCUCGGCGCUGAAGAUGUCAGUCUCGAAACGAGCUCGAAAGGCGUCCAGUGACCUGGAUCAAGCCAGCGUGUCCCCAUCCGAAGAGGAGAACUCAGAAAGCUCGUCUGAGUCAGAGAAAACCAGUGACCAGGACUUCACCCCCGAGAAGAAAGCGGUGGUCCGGGCGCCACGGCGGGGCCCCCUGGGAGGACGGAAGAAAAAGAAGGCACCCUCGGCCUCCGACUCAGACUCCAAAGCAGAUUCCGACAGGGCCAAGGCUGAGCCCGUGGCUGUGGGGAGGUCAGCAUCCUCCUCUUCUUCUUCCUCUUCCUCCUCCUCUUCCGACUCGGAUGUGUCUGUCAAGAAGCCUCCACGGGGCAGGAAGCCAGCUGAGAAGCCUCCCCCAAAGCCCCGAGGCCGGAAACCGAAACCUGAACGGCCCCCGUCCAGCUCCAGCAGCGACAGCGACAGCGAGGAGGUGGACCGCAUCAGCGAAUGGAAGCGGAGGGAUGAGGCGCGACGGCGGGAGCUGGAGGCCCGGCGGCGGCGCGAGCAGGAGGAGGAGCUGCGGCGGCUGCGGGAGCAGGAGAAGGAGGAGAAGGAGCGGCGGCGUGAGCGGGCCGAGCGCGAGGAGGCCGAGCGCGGGGCCAGCGGUGGCAGCAGCGGCGAGGAGCUCCGGGAGGAUGAGGAGCCCGUGAAGAAGCGUGGCCGCAAGGGCCGCGGCCGGGGCCCCCGGUCCUCCUCCGACUCGGAGCCCGAGGCCGAGCUGGAGAGAGAGGCAAAGAAAUCAUCCAGGAAGCUGCAGUCGCAAGGCUCAGAGCCCCUGAGGAAGUCUGGCCAGAAGGAGAAGAGAGGGCGGCCGGAGGAGAAGCCCCGAGCCAGGCCCCUGAAGUUGGAGCGAACCCGGAAGCGGUCGGAAGGGUUCUCGGGGGACAGGAAGGUGGAGAAGAAGAAAGAACCUUCUGUGGAGGAGAAGCUUCAGAAGCUGCACAGUGAGAUCAAGUUCGCCCUGAAGGUCGACAACCCGGACAUAAAGAGGUGUCUGAACGCGCUAGAGGAGCUGGGCACCUUGCAAGUGACCUCUCAGAUUCUGCAGAAGAACACAGACGUGGUGGCCACGCUGAAGAAGAUUCGCCGGUACAAAGCCAACAAGGACGUGAUGGAGAAGGCGGCCGAAGUCUACACUCGGCUCAAGUCCCGGGUCCUGGGGCCCAAGGUUGAGGCAGUGCAGAAAGCAAACAAGACCGGACCGGAGAAAGAGAAGACCGAAGCCGAGAAGGCCGAGGAAAAGCUGGCCGGGGAGGAGCCCCCCAAGGGCAAUGUGGAGGACGAGCCGAGCACUGAUCUCUCAGCCCCGGUGAAUGGCGAGGCCACGUCCCAGAAGGGGGAGAGCCUGGAGGACAAGGAGCUGGAGGAAGGCCAGGACUCGGAGGAGGGACUGAGGGGCGGCUCCUCUGAAGACCUGCACAACGACAGCCUGCGGGAGGGCCCCGACCUGGACAGGCCUGGGAGUGACCAGCAGGAGUGCGAGCGGGCGCAGGUGGACUCGGAGUCCCCGGACGAGGAGAGCUGAGCGCAGGCCGCCGAGCCGGCCCCACCCCGCGCUCAGCCCACAGUAGACGCCCGUAGGCCGCCCCGUGUCCUUCCCCAGCCUCCCAGGCGAGCAGAGAACUUUUGGGGAGACGCUGUGCUGUUUGUUUGUAUUUGUCCCCUUGGGUUUUUUUUCUGCCUAAUUUCUGUGAUUUCAAACCGACAUGAAAUGACUAUAAAGGGUUUUUUAAUGAAAAAAGAAAUCACUUUUA